AUGACACCAUCCACGACAUCGAAUCCCAGGAAGCGACCCCUUUUGUACGCCGAUGAUGACCCCGGCGACGCCGACAACAGCCGCCGCCAGCAACAAAAUCAUCUCGGAGAUCAAAAUGCCAGUGGAGGCGCGAUCCAACACGCCCAGAUCUUCAUCUCCUCGGUAAUCCACGACCGCAAGUCCACCUUCCAAGCACACUUCCACCCUGGAUCGUCUGUCUUUCCUCCCUUGGGAAAUGGCGGCGGCGCACAAAAACCACCACCGUCGACAUCAAUAACCACGAUCAUCAAACGUCUCCAAUCCCACCCCUCAUUCUCCACGGCCUCGCAUCGCGUGGUGGCGUGGCGGAGGGGAUCGAGCCAACAGACCCUCCGCCUUAGUAGUGGUGGUAGUGGUGUUGGCUCGAAGGCCGCGGUGGCGACCACCUUCACCACGGGCUCGGACGACGACGGCGAAAAGUACGGCGGCAGACGGCUCGAGACGGUCCUCUCGUCCAUGGGAGUCGAGGGCGUGAUCAUCGUGGCGAGAUGGUACGGCGGCGUGAUGCUGGGGCCCGCGCGGUUCACGCACAUGGAGAACUGCGCCAAGGAGGCCAUAAAUUCGUGGCUCGAUAGUCUAGGCGGCGCGCAGCAGCAACAGCAGCAACAGCGGCAGCAGGAGCAUGUGGCGAGCAGCAGCAGCAGCAGCAGCAAGAAGCCGAGGGUUGAUGGCGCCGGCACUGGCGGUGGCAACGCCGGGACUCAUGAUCACGACGAUCGCGCCGACCGAGCGAGGCUCGCGAACCAGUUGGACGAGAGGGAUCAGAAUAUCGUGGUGUUGAGGGGGUUGUUGGCUGAAAUGACGAAGGGGAAGGGGAAGGGAAAAGCGUCGUCGGCCAGCACUGACGCCGGCACUGGCUCUGGCUCUGGGAUUGAGACGCACAAGCGAGAUGGGGCCCUGGAUUCAUCGCCGGCGCCCGAACCUUCUUCGACGGCCUCGACGACCGCUUCUCCCCUGAAGAAACUAGAGUAUACUGCCAUGCCGCUCGCGCGGCUGAGGCAGUUGGAGAGGGCGAGAGACGCGACCAUUGCGUUCAUUCUGAGGCAGCUGGAUAAGGCGGAGCAGGAACAGAAGACGAGAGAAAAGGACACGGCGGUAGCGUCGAAGGAAGAUCCGCACCAUGUCGAUGGAGGUGGGUGA